UCUGGUAGGCCUGCAAGAAGGAGGCCUUCACGUCGUCCCACCCGAGCAAAGAGCGGUACGGCUCGAUGUUCAGGUCGUACCACAGGGCCGCCUCGUGCUCCAGGGUCACGGGGAAGAUCCUCGACAUCGUGUCGGGGGAGUCCGCGUCGUUCGCCCGGCAGACUUUGGCGAACCGGCUCAAGUGCGCGACAGGGCAUUCCACGGGCGUGCCGCGGAACACGGGUAUCGGCGCAACAUGAACAUAAGGCAUUGCCUGUGGAAAUCUCGGCGACGUCGAGGAGGCCUCCGGUUUCAUAAUGCUGCCCCCAGCCUUCGGCGCGGGGAACUGCACGGAGAUGGAUCCCGAGCCGCCAUGUGUCCCAACAUCUUCGGAAGCGGGAUUUUCGUACUCGUCUUCACCGGACUCGCAUGGUGACCGAGACGAACCGAGGUAAUCAAUGUUGACGUUGUCGCGGGUCGAAUCUGGAGACAACAAUCUACGGCGGCGAUCGCGUCUAGGACUGUAGGACGCAGAUGAAUAGCGAGGGGAGAAGAGAUCCGAGUCCGAGGGCGAAUCAGGAGGCUUCGUACGCUCGGGACUCAUCUCUAGAGAAUCCAAGGAAUGGAGCGGGAAGAUCGUGGAAGGAAAGUGGGAAUCGGUGAACGACACACCAAGUAACUGUCGAAAUGUCGGGACGAUGGAAUCAUGCGAACGCCAGUAGCGACGUUCCGCUUGACGCAAGUGCUGGGUCAUCGUCAUUCGGAAUAAAAAUGACGUCAUAAUAUCUUUACGAGCGACAAUGGGAAACAGAUGUGGAACGCUAACGGACACAUACUCCUGCAACAUCUUCUUCUCUGAUAUUUUCCCGCACUUUCUCGCCUCCCCUUCCAAGUUCUUCAUCGACGCGCGGCUCUGUAGGUUGGCUGUUUCUUCGGUAGCGACGGCGGCCAGGAGGCUCUGAACUACGCUAUCCACUCAUCCUCCUCUCGAACCAUCGUUGAUGGCGAUUCUCAACUAUAUCUCGGUGACGUCCGCCGCGACGCCCGUCCCUCCGGACUCGCAGACGCCUACCCCGCCGAACCCUAGGCCGACGAAGAUCAUACUCCCCAAGAAGAAGCCGAUGAAGUGGUCCACCGGCGUCGCUCCCGGCGAGUACGGAGGCCCGCCGACGACGACGAAGCUACGGAAGUACUGGGGCGGCGAGGGGGAGGAUCCGCUCAGCUCCGACGAGUUCAUUUGGAACAAGGACUUCGUGGGCCGGUUCAAGAGGAUGAUCCAGGAGGAGGACGGCUCCUCUAUCGAAUCGCCGCCUGUUCAGGAAAAGCCUUCUGGCUUUUUGAGCUUGAACAGAGUAAUGACCCUUGACAGUCUAGAAGUUGAUUUGAGCAAAGAGCUCACGAGACCAUUAAAGACAGUGUCAAAACAGCCAGUCGAGGAUAAUAUGGACCAGGACAAAUCCAGUACUUUGCCCAGAUGGAGACCGGCGCCAACGCGCCGUGAGCAAGAGAAGUGGGAUAGAGCAAGUAAAGCUGCCACCGGGGGAAGUGAUGUCAUGUUCCGCGAGUUGAGGCGACCUCAAGGUGACCCAAAUGUAUUAGCUGCUCAGUCAAAGGAGCGAUACUAUAAGUUAAAGGAAAAAUUGCAAGUCCUCACUCUUGGUGUAGGUGGCAUUGGUCUUGUCUCAACUUAUUUUUGUUAUUCUCCCGAAAUUGGUGCUAGCUUCGGUGUCGGUUUUCUUGGUUCCUUGGUUUAUAUAAGGAUGCUUGGGAGCAGUGUGGAUUCCAUGGCAGAUGGCGCUAAGGGGCUGAUAAAAGGUGCAAUUGGACAGCCGAGGCUUCUAGUUCCUGUUGUUUUAGUCAUGAUCUACAAUCGGUGGAAUGCGAUCCUUGUUCCAGAAUAUGGAACAAUGCAUUUGGAGUUGAUACCAAUGUUAGUCGGAUUUUUCACCUAUAAAAUUGCUACAUUUGUUCAAGCUGUUGAAGAAUCAGUCAGCACUCUCACGAAAAAUGACAGAGUCCCAGAUGAAUCCUCUUCUUAAGCAGAUGUUACAAAUCCAGAGCUGCUUUUGGGGGUAUGUUAUGUUUUAAUCUAAGAAAUGGUUCGUGUGUUGUUAUGAGAGCUUUCGACUGUCAUCAAAUCAAAAAUUAGAACUUCAUAUUAUAUUGUGUGAUCUGCCUACUUUCCCUUCUGUGGUUGUCUAAUCUUCACUCAUGGUCUAUGAAGUGUCAGAUAGCAAAUCUCUCAGGCUAUUUAUUGUCGAUGGCAAUACCUUUAUGUGAAAAACACAAGGACAAAUUGAAGCUCCUCUUGCUUUACUGAACUAACAUGGAUAUUGCCCUGAUAAUCUAAUUUCCAUAAGCCUUUUUCUCUGCAGUUAACAGAGUUCCCCAGUGACAGAACCUGGUUGGGGGGUCUCGGUUUGACCCCAGUAAUUCUUAUGGAGUGAUUGUGCUCGAGACCCUACCCAAGAAGGAGAGUCAACCGAGCUGCAGAGAGCAGGCUGGUGGAUCGCACUUGUUAUCUCGCCAGACGCAUGUUGUAAUUCUCGUGCAUGGACAGCAUGCUGUGAUCUGUAACUGUAAAUGGAUCUCAUAUAUCAGAUUGCGCAAACAACUUUUAUUCUUGAUGAAGCAAUUGU